AUGAUCUCAUCAUUUGAACAAGAGGAAAAUAUUGGUGAUUCAAGUAAAAAUGUGGAUGUUGAUUUCAUAGCCAAAGAUGCUACGUUUUGUCUUUAUUGCUAUCUUUUUAAGCCAAAUGGUGAUAAAGGGGGUGGUGAUUGCUCUGUUGGUCAAGAGUUUUCAAAUUGGAAAAAGAAAGAAAAAUUGAAUAUUCAUGUUGGAGAUUACAAUGCUAUUGCUUUCAAGAAUGCUCCUGAUAAUCUCAAAUUGACAUCACUUGAGAUUCGAAAAGACAUUUUAAGUGCUGCUUCAAAUGAAACUGUAAGUGCUAUCAUUAGAGAUUUAGGAGAUUCAUUAUUCACUAUAAUGAUUGAUAAAUCUCGAGAUAUCUCUAGGAAGGAACAAAUGACUAUUGUCUUACGUUAUAUUAACAAGAAUGGACUUGUUGUGGAGUGUUUUCUAGGUGUUGAACAUGUUACUAGUACCACAACUCUCUCACUCAAGGCAACACUAGAUAAUUUCUUUUCAAGGCAUGGGUUGAAUUUUUCUAGACUACGAGGACAAGGUUAUGAUGGAGCUAGUAAUAUGCAAGGAGAAUUUAAUGGUUUGAAGACAUUGGUUUUGAAAGAGAAUAGAUGUGCUUAUUAUAUUCAUUAUUUUGCCCAUCAACUCCAGUUGGCUCUUGUGGCUUUGGCAAAGAACCAUGAUGAUGUUAAUGAUCUUUUUAAUAUUGUGGCGAUUGUGGUUAAUAUUUUCGGUGCUUCGUCAAAGCGUUGCAAUCUUCUUAAAGAUAAGCAAGCUUGUAAAGUUAUUGAAGCUCUUUCUAAUGGUGAACUUUCAAGUGGGAAAGGUCUCAAUCAAGAGACUAAUCUACAACAUGCCAGUGAUACGCAUUGGGGCUCACAUUAUGUUACGUUAAUGAGGAUAAUCUUGAUGUUUUAA